AUCUUCUGCAUUGGAGUUUCCCGGCCUGACCGCGCGGUCCCUCUGCCGCCAGGGCCCCGCCCUGCCCACAAGUCAUCCGGCUCUCUCCCCCAGGGGUUCUCAGGCCUGACCCAUCUUCUGCACUGGCCUCUGACCCCAGGAGAUGGGGGGGACCUUCUGGCUUCCACCAGCCCGCAGACUUCCACCUAUCACCUGAGGAGUCCUGCCCAGACCAGCUAUGCCCUGGGAGGCUACCUGGAGGCUAUCAUCAUUGCCAGAGACCACCAGGGCAGGCCCAAGGCCCAUGGUGGGGAUCUGUUCCGGGCACAGCUGCUGGGUCCUGACCUGAAGGCAGGUGUCCCCGGAGACAUCACGGAUCUGGAGAAUGGCACGUACCUGCUGACUCUCCCCCUGCUCUGGGCUGGGCAGGCCCGGGUGCGAGUGCGGCUGAUCCACUCCAGCGAGGCAGUCGGGGUUCUGCGGGGGAUCUGGAGAGACCAAUGGGCCACGGUUGAUUUCACGGGCUACUUCCGGGGACCCACUGGAUAUGAAGAAACUGUGACUUGCAAUGUUAACCCCCUGUUAAUUGGGGAGGAAGAGGGCACCUGUCACUACAGGGAUGAAGAUUCAGGUGAGCUCUGGUUCUGUGCUCGACCUCCGACCCUGCCCUGUGACUCACUGGUGGAACAUUCAAGUGGACGCUACUGGAACGUGACCACACCACACGAGGAGGCCCUGCUGGCACGGAAUGUGACGAACAAGACCCUCGCUCAGGGCAUUCCUCCAAUCUGGGUGGCCCAGGAGAACAACAGAAGUCUGGUCCUGUCCCCUCCGCAACCCUGCCACCCUGGGAUCCCAGCCCCGAGGCCCUCUGGAUUCUACCACCAAAACGUGUGGCACUCGCUGUCCUGCUCCGGCCGCUCAUUCUCCACCGCCGACAGCAUCCUGGGCUGCCUGGCUGGCCGCGUCGUCCACAUGAUGGGGGACUCGACGCUCCGGCAGUGGUGGGAGUACCUGCGUGACGCCGUGCCGGCCCUGAAGCCGGUGGACCUACACGCCACGUACCACACGGGGCCGCUGAUGGCCGUGGACACCGCCCGGGCCAUAGUGCUGCACUGGCGCGCCCACGGCUGGCCCCUGCGCUCUCUUCGCACCCCUGUGGCUGCCCUGCACUCCGUGGUCCGGGAACUGGGGGGCCUGGCUGGGGGUCCCCACACUGUGGUGGUGCUGAGCCUGGGCGCCCACUUCACCACCUUCCCUCCGUCCAUCUUCGUGCAACGGUUGGCCGGGAUCCGGGCCGCUGUGGCUGCGCUGCUGGCCCGGGAGCCCCGCACCCUGGUGGUCAUCAAACUGGCCAACACCGGCUACAAGUCCGUGUAUGGCAGCGAUUGGUUCACCCUCCAGGUGAACCGGCUCCUCCGAGCUGCCUUUGCUGACCUCCGUGUGGCUUUUGUGGAUGCCUGGGAAAUGACCUCCAGCCUGGCCCUGCCCGACAGCAUCCACCCGGGGAGGUGCGUCGUCCGAAACGAGGUGGACUUCCUGCUCUCCCAUGUCUGCCCCACCUGAGCGCUCCUGCCGGUCCUGGGGCUGUGGAUGAAGAAGCUGGUGCGAUGAUCAAGCCUGGAAGCCCUUCCCCUCAGCUGUAGGUACGUCGUCUCUCACCACCGUCCAAUGCACCGGUAGAAGCCUGGCAGUCCUCCAAUGCAUCUUAAGAGCUUCCGCCCCCACGUGAAAAGCUGUGUGGAGGGGAUGAGAUUCCGGGGGCAGAACACAACACCUGCUCCAUCAGUGAGCAUGAGCACUGUGAAGGUCCGUUUUGGGCUCUCUGUUUAGAGCCUCAAGGAGCCUUGCAAAGAUAGGAGAUGGGUUCCAUUUCAGUUAUCAGCGGCCACCCAAAUAGAAAGCCUGACUCUCCAUAUAAAGACUUUUAUAGAUUGAUUUGUAAAAUAAGAUAUGUCUCCUAAUUGUAAAAAGUAAUAUAUGCUCUUUGUAGAAAAACUGAAAAAGUACCAAAAAAUGAACAAGCAAAUCUUUGAUUGCCAUCCAGAGUGAACUGAUAUGCUUAGGUGGGGUAAAUGAAUAGCCAGAACACAGCCCUGCUUUUUUGUGUGAGGAUGUUAGUGCUAAUAAAAGAUGAACACUGUUUUCCUUACAGGGGAUCCAUAGAUGAUGUGUUGAUAACCCUUGUUGCUCCAGUGAAACAUAUAGCCAUUAUUUUCUAAUAGAUAUGGAUGAAAUGUUGAAGAAUCAGGUUACAGGAGAAUCCCUAGGGUGUGCUGGCUCCCGUUCCCUGCCUAAGCAUUAAAGUCUAGGCAUUUUAUAAUAUUAGAGAAAGAAACAGAGAAAUGCAAUGGAUCCCAUAUUUUUACAU